CGGGCUGCUAACAGAUAACUGCCGAAUCUGCUACAACAUGGCUCCGAAGAAUAAUUCCGUGUGCUGGGAAAAACUUCUCGUCGUGAUCUUGUGCGCUAUGGUGACUCUCGCUCAGGAGGAUACGUCUAAAAAUCAAGUCGCUACGGGAGAGAACCCCAAAGAUGCAGCACCUCGAAACGGAUUUCUCGACAUAUUAGCUCCGUUCACAAAUGUUGCGGUGAUCAGAGAUCGCUUCGUAGGGGUUCGAGCUCCUUUCACAAAUGUCCUAGUCGAGAGGAAACCCGACCAAGGCGGUCUCUCAAAAUUACUCAUCGAUGUUCCAUUUUUCAAAAUGGAUCUAGGUGGACCAGAUGGUUUGAAAAUCGACGUACCGUUCUUCAAUCAAAUCCGGAGAUCUGCUACUUGA